AAGAGCCGUCGAGUGUAAAAUAAAAUCGCCCGAUCGUUUUAUAAUUACAAAAAAAAGGAUUAAAUUCGAAUUAAUAUUUUUUUUUUUAUUUUCUAUAAAUUUGUGGAAAACAUUUUUUUUAUUAAUCUGUGUUGAACAAAAAAGAAAUCAUGGCUGUCGAAGCUCUUGAAUCAUCUGCAAAAAUGGGAUUCUAUUCUCCAAUUUUUCUGGGAUUAGUUACCACAAUUGCAUCAUUAGUUGCCGUUUAUUGGUGGCAACAAAAUAAACGUUUUGUUAAAAUGGGUAAUGCUAUUCCAGGACCAACUUCAUUACCAUUUAUUGGAAAUGCACAUUUAGUUGUUGGAAAGACUCAUAAUGAAAUUUUGGAAAUGGCAUUGAAAUUGAGUAAAAAUUUUGGAAAUUCAUCAAAAGCAUGGCUCGGCUCAAAAUUACUUGUAUUUUUAACUGAUCCACGUGAUGUUGAAAUUAUAUUAAGUAGUAAUACACAUUUAGAUAAAUCAGAAGAAUAUCGUUUCUUUAAACCAUGGUUAGGUAAUGGUUUAUUAAUUAGUUCAGGUGAUUUUUGGCGUCGUCAUCGUAAAAUGAUUGCACCAACAUUCCAUCAAAAUGUAUUGAAAAGUUUUAUUGGAACAUUUUAUGAAAAUUCUACAAAUGUUGUUAACCGUUUGAAAAAAGAAUUAAAUACUGGAAAAGAUUUUGAUGUUCAUGAUUAUAUGAGUGAAGCAACAGUUGAUAUUUUAUUAGAAACAGCAAUGGGUACAAAAAGAACAGCACAAAAUAAUCAAGGUUAUGAAUAUGCAAUGGCUGUUAUGAAAAUGUGUGAUAUUAUUCAUAAACGUACAUACAAUAUUCUAUAUCGUUGGGAUACAUUCUAUAAUAAGACAUCAUUAAGAAAUUAUGAAGAAAAAUUAUUGGGAAUUAUCCAUGGAUUAACGAAACGUGUUAUUAAACAUAAAAAUGAAAAUUAUGAUAAAUUAUAUAAGGAUGGAAGUGUGCCAACACCAUCUUUACAUGAUAUUAUUAAACAUGAUUAUAUGGAUGAAUCAUCAAAUAAAUCUGAAAAUAAGAAAACCGAAGCUAAGGGAUUAAGAGACGAUUUAGAUGAUAUUGAUGAAAAUGAUGUUGGAGAGAAACGUCGUUUAGCCUUCUUGGACUUGAUGAUUGAAACUGCUAAAGGCGGUGCAAAUUUAACUGAUGAUGAAAUUAAGGAUGAAGUAAACACAAUUAUGUUUGAAGGUCACGAUACAACCGCAGCUGCUUCCAGUUUCACUUUAUGUCUUUUGGGUAUUCAUAAAGAUAUCCAAGACAAAGUUUAUAAAGAACUUUAUAGCAUCUUUGGUGAUUCUGAUAGACCAUGUACAUUCAAUGAUACCUUAGAAAUGAAAUAUUUAGAACGUGUUAUUAUGGAAUCAUUAAGAAUGUAUCCACCAGUACCAGUUAUUGCACGUCAUGUUAAUGAAGAUAUUAAAUUGGCAUCUGAAAACUAUGUUAUUCCAAAGGGUGCUACCGUUGUUGUAGUACAAUUUAAAAUUCAUCGUCGUCCAGACAUUUAUCCAAAUCCAGAUGUUUUUAAUCCUGACAAUUUCUUACCAGAAAAUUCAGCAAAUAGACAUUAUUAUAGUUUUAUACCAUUCAGUGCUGGACCAAGAAGUUGCGUUGGUCGCAAAUAUGCUAUGUUAAAACUUAAAGUUUUAUUAUCAACAAUUCUUCGUAACUACAAAAUCCAUUCAAAUGUUCCUGAAUCUGAAUAUAAACUUCAGGCUGAUAUUAUUUUAAAGAGAACUGAUGGAUUUAGAAUUCAAUUAGAACCAAGACAACGUAUUGCAGUUUAAUUAUUUAGAAAUUAAAUUGAAAUAUUUCUGUAAAUACACAGACAUGCUCAUGCAUAUGUAUGUAUAUAUUUAAAAUUUUAUUAAUGUAUAUCUGAAAUUUUUUGUCGUUUUUGAAUAGUGCUCCAAAUUGUCUUAAGAUGGGGAUUUUUUUCUAUAUUAAUAUAUUAUGAUUAAGCAAUAAAUAAAAUUUUUUUUUUCCCUUUUAUUGAAAAUUUA